AUGGAUUUCAACAUUUUGAAUAGACUUAAUUGUAAAGAACUAGUUCAAAAUAUUAGAAAAUCAACCAUAAAACUUGUUAAUGCUGAAUCGUCGUUGAUGAUGAGUGGGAAGGGUAGAUCUACGAGAAAUGCAAACAGUGAUGCCGUACGAUGUGAUAAAGAGUCAACAGACGUUCAGUGUUUUCGUUGCGGGGUUUCGUUUGCUGUCGGCUUGACUAAAGAAUCCUUAGAACUAGUAAAGGCAUGUAGUAAUGUCAAAUUUGUAUGUGAUGGGUGUUUAAAAUCACCUUCAUUGGAGGACCAGGUCAUCAAAAGCGUUAAAAGUGGAAAUGCUCAAAUAUGUGACAAGAUAGACAGCUUAAGGAAAAAGAUUAGAUUGAAAAUAGAUGCAAUCAAAGUGAAGUUGGAAGAAAAUAAAAGCAAAAUGUCUACAUUGGAUAUCCCUGAAUCAAAGCUCUGUAAUGAAAUUUUAAGCCUUUAA